AAGCUGCAGGGAAGGAAGGAGUCUUGGUUCGAUUCACUAAAUUCUAUUGACUUUUUUGGCAUGAUCAACACUACGCUUUGACCUUCUCAUCUCAUUUCUUCUAUCCAUCCUUGGUCAACGGUCAAACGGUACAGCAAGAAUGUAGAGCUCAUCAAAGCCGUCGCCCAGCCCAAUCAUCAGAGCGUCUGUUCUUAUCGCAAUCCCGAAUCAUCCACUCUUUAUCUUUCCUUCUGCUGCGACUGCUCCUCGAUCGGCUGCCUCUCUCUCCUCUCUCUGCUGUAAAUAUCUCCGUCUCUCUCUCUCUCUCUCUCGCUGCUGUAUAUAUCUCCGUCUAUCUGUAGUCUUUCUUUGUCGUCGACGUCGCUGUCACCACCAACGUAUAUCACCGGAUCCUUUGUCGGGGGGACGGAAGGAAGAGGAAAGGUCAAGAAACGAUAAGGUGGAUCGAAGGCCUGGGAAGAGGCCCCUUCCUCCUGAUGAGCUGGAGAAGAAGGAAGGAGACCAGCAGCAGGCGGUCUCACGCUUCGCCUCGUCACGCGCCGACCACGACGCAUCGGCCAUGGUGUCCGCUCUCGCGCACGUCAUCAGCUCGAGCUCAUCGGUUGUCGACACCCGAGGAGGGGAGCCAGCGUCGACCCAACAGGGCAUAAAACUGGAGGAGGCUGUAGGUCGCGGCGACACGGAAGCCGCACAGGUCUCGGAAGAGCAAGGGAAUGUGAGGAGAAGACACUACAGGGGAGUGAGGCAAAGGCCGUGGGGCAAAUGGGCAGCGGAGAUAAGGGACCCCAGGAAGGCGGCUCGUGUGUGGCUCGGGACCUUCGACACGGCCGAGGACGCGGCCGUCGCCUACGACGAGGCAGCGUUGCGGUUCAAAGGCACCAAAGCCAAGCUCAACUUUCCCGAGAGAGUCCAAGGCCGGACCGACCUCGGCUUCCUCGUCAGCCCAGGGGUCCCCGAGAGGCAGCCACCCCGAGUACCGCUACAGCUGCCUGCGACCUCGUACCCCGACCUGCUGCAGUACGCUCAACUCCUCCAGAGUAGGGAUGAAGACUUGCAGAAUGUAGCUUCGGGGCUGUACGUCGGCGGCACCUUCACGCCGGUGUCCUCUCAGACGCCAACAACUUCUGCUUUAGGGUCUUCACAGCACUUCUUGGACUUCUCAUCUCAGUCUCAGUAUACGAACUUUUCUUCGUCUUCUUCUUCUUCGUCUUCUAGCUCAUGGGUUCAUGGAGAACAGAAGGACAAAGACGGCAGUCGACCUCCAUGAAGAUCAACAAUCGUGUUGAGGAACGAAAGUAAGAUAAAGUGAAAUGGUAUUUAUUUGGUAAAUGUACCUGUUUGUUUUGUAUCCACAAACUUUUGUUUGUGAGAAUCCAUCUUCCUUCUAUUUUGCUUUCA